AUGACGGUCUCACUUCCUUCACAACAGCCGCCGGCGUCAAAGGAGACACAAGCUGCCCGCAAGCGCAGAAGACGGGCGCCUGCGGGAGGUGCGGCAGACGACUGCUUUGCCUGCACCAAGAGGGGAGCCAAGUGCGAUCGACGACGGCCUUACUGCUCGCAAUGCCUGGAAGUAGGAAAUGAAUGCUCCGGGUAUAAGACUCAGUUGACUUGGGGAGUCGGCGUGGCAAGCCGAGGCAAGCUCCGAGGUCUCUCCCUACCCAUUGCAAAGGCACCUCCAGUCGCUCCCGUGAUCAAGAAGACGGCCUCACGAUCCAGAGCAAACACAACCACAUCCAGCCAGUGGAGCGAUCAAAGCGGAAGCUCACCCACGAGCUCUCACAGAGAUGAGCUCGAUAUGCAUGGAGGCCAUGCAGCCUCGUUACCUACUACGCCUUACGGCACUUACCAUGACUUCACCCGCUUCACACAGGGCGAGUCAAUGCCACCAGCAACGCCGACAAGCUGGGGCAUCCCGUACCCAUCAAACUUGGACGGCCAUGGCCACCCAAGAAUGCACAAGCUCAACACUUCUUUGGGUCAUUUCCCUCUCAUCGCUGAUGGUCUUUCCUCUUCGGUAGACUCACUGAGUGAUGUUGAAUAUACUCUCUCACCUUUGAGCCACUUCUCCCGAGAUGAGCUUCCUUACAUGCACAGCCCCGGCCUCAUGUACGAGAACUACACCGGCCACAACUCUCCAGUCCCUCAGAGCCCCGUCUCUGCCAUCAUGAUCGACCAACGCGCCGCCCCGACCUCGUGUCCCAGUCUCGUAUAUGCACCGUCUGAGCCGAGCUCCAGCCUUGGAUCGCACCACGACGGAUUUGAGCAGCAGAUGAGGAACGCAAGACUGCUCGGGGACACUGACUCACUCAAAGUUGAGCACUACAGCACAAGUCCCGCAGCAGCUUCAUUUUGGGCUCACACUUUAACGAGAGAUGACGACGCCACUCCCCGUAUGCUCGACCAUGCGUCGGCCGCUGCCGCUCAUGCAGCCAUCGCAGCUAUUGCUCCUUACGACACCCAAUCCGUACAAGUCAGUGCCGAACUGAUCGCAAAGAUGCCAUUCUUCAUGGACUACUACGAGAAUAUCAUGUGCCCUUCAAUGGUGCUCAUCGACGGCCCUACAAAUCCCUUCCGGGAUCACAUCCUGCGUCUUGCAUCCAGCAGCCGAAGUCUUCAACAUGCGAUUUGCGCCCUGUCUGCAUGCAACCUGAGAAUGAAGAGAAAGUUAAGCCUUGGCCAGCAUGGUCGGGAUUCUCCAGACAAGUUCAUUUCGGAGCAGACCGACCUUCAGUCAGAGGAUUUGCCCUUGACGGAAGAAUACCAACACCGCAACUUAGCCGUCCAUCUUCUUAACCAACAAUUAAAUGACCCCAGCAAGUCCUGUCAUGAUUCUGUUUUGGGAACGAUUCUUCUUCUGUGCCAUUACCGUAUGGUCGAGUCUGGAAUCGCCAAGUUUGCCACCCAGUUCGCUGGUGUGAAGAAGAUCCUGGGCAUGCGCAACUCGGCCCCUUACCAGGCCUCAAAUGACUCUACUUGGAUGGAGGCAAUCUUCACAUAUUUUGACGCCAUUUCAGCAAGUGUUAACGACAGGGAAGCUCAGCUCAACCAUGCUUUCUACGGCGUUUCGAGCGAUACCAACUUGCUGCCAGCCGGUGCUGAGAACUGGGUUGGCUGCGACAGGGAGCUGUUCAGGACAAUCUCCAAGCUCGGUCGUCUGAACCUCCUCUCACAACACAGACAGGUAUCAAGCGCGAUUGCCUCCUCACCUACCGGCCGCCUCAGCGUUCCAAGAGUUGCAUCACCUUUGGGUUCGCCGUUGGGCAACACCUUCAAGAACCCAUCACAACUGAGCGACUUCUUCAGCCUAGGUGUCCAACCGCCCCGCUUUGACGGUAGUGGGUUCGGAACUCAGCUCGACGAUGAUGAUAUCCUUGGAACCGGGCUCUGCUCCUCCCCGACCUACGACGACCAACGUUCUACCUUCUGGCGCGAGUGGAAGGAGGCCCGCAGCGCUUUGCAGAGCUGGGAAUUCGACUCGGCACGCAUUAUUGCUUCGCUGCCUGGUAACCUCACGUCGAGCCAGGUCCGCGACCUGGGCUCCCUUUCGGAGGCUUUCCGCUACGCCGCUCUCCUUUACACCGAGCGCCUCGCUUCGCCCAACGUGCCCUCGAGCCACAACAGCUUCCGCAACCUGGUAAGCCAGGUUGUCUACUAUGCCACCUCACUCGAGUCUGGCGGCAUCGCAGAGAAGUUCCUUCUCUGGCCGCUGUUCGUCGCCGGAAGCGAGUGCGUCAACGAGCUGCAGCAGAACAUUGUCCGCAACAAGUGCCGUGACAUCAUGUCCCGCAGCGGUUACAUGAACAACCUGUCGGCCAUCGAGGUCCUCGAGCGCCUUUGGGCAGGAGACCUGCACGAUAGUGCCUCCAGUCCUGGCAAGAUGGGACUCCAGAGACGUGGUCCCUUUAACUGGACGCGAUGCAUUGGAGGUCCUGGCGUUGACGUAGAGUGGAUCAUGUUCUAA